AUGGAGAUUUACAUUGAUUUUAUUUGUAUUUCUACUUAUUUAUCAUUAUCUUGGUUUCAUAUAAAUAAUAAUCAAUUAAUUCAUUGUCCAUUUAAAUUUCUUUGGUCUUAUAUAACAAAUAAUUCUUUAUUAACUCAACAAAAUCCUCCCUUAUUAUUGAGUGAAUAUACAUUUGAAAUAUCAAAUAUUCCAUUACAAAAUUCAUUUCGUCGUUUAAUGAUUUUAAGAAUACAAAAUCUAUUUCGAAAGACAAUAUCAGAUACAAAUAAAAAUUCUGAUAAUCAUAAUAAUAAUAAAUAUUCAUUAUUUGAUUAUCGUUGUCCUAUAUGUUUGAAUAAUAAACAGUAUUCAUUUCGAUGGAUUGCACUUGGAUGUGGUCAUAUAUUAUGUUCAUUAUGUACUCAACAUCUUUAUUUUGGUAAUAAACCAAACUGUCCUAAUUGUCGAUCACCUAUUAUUCUUUCUGAUUUAACAAUUCUUUACAUUUGA